AUGGUAUUUGUGAAAUACAAUCGCGCUCUACAACGUCGAUACAAGAGAAAAGACACCGUCGAUCCUAUUGUGUUGGAUGAAAUUGAUGAAUGCAAUGAGUGGCUGACUGGGACAAUGGAAUCUGAUAAUGAAGAUGAUCUUGUGUUUGAAGAUGAUAACUUGACAUGGAAUGUAGUUGGCGAGGCCGUAGGUGCUAAUGAUCCUUAUUAUGCAACUAGAUCGGCUGCUGCUUCAAGUAGAUUUGAAAAAGGAAAAGGCGUUGCUACUGAUUCUGGUGGACAUGGACGUUCCAAAGCAUCUCGCAGGCCACCAUCUACUUCUAGUCCUAUGACUUUGGUUGAUGAUGAUGACGAGAUGGAAGAGGAUUUCAUUGGACCAGAGUAUGAGGAUACGCUUUUGGACAAUGAUGAUUAUGAGUAUGAUGAUUCUGAUUGUUUUGUAGUGACAUAUAGCACUCUCAUAAAAGGAUUUUGCAAGCCUAAGAGAGUAGAGGAUGCUCUUGAACUCUUUCGGAACAUGUCUCAAAGAGGAUUGGUUGGAAACACAGUCACUUACAACACUCUUAUCCAGGGGUUAUUUCAAGAUGGGGAUUGUGAUAUGGCUCAAGAACUAUUCAAAGUGAUGGUUUCUGAUGGGGAUGGUGUGCCUCCCAAUAUCAUGACAUACAACAUUCUGUUAAAUGGACUUUGUAAAAAUGGGAAGCUAGAAAAAGCAUUGGUGGUAUUCGAGUAUCUGCAAAAGAGUAAAUUGGAACAUGAUAUUUGCACAUAUAAUAUUAUGAUUGAAGGGAUGUGCAAGGCAAGGAAGGUGGAAGAUGGGUGGAAUUUAUUUUGUAGCCUCAGCCUUAAAGGAGUGAAGCCUGAUGUUAUAACCUACAAUACAAUGAUCUCAGGAUUCUGUUGGGAAGGUUUAAAGGAGGAAGCAGAUACCUUGUUCAAAAAAAUGAAAGAAGAUGGGCCUCUUCCAGAUAGUGGUACUUACAAUACGCUUAUUAGGACGCAUCUUAGAGAUGGUGACAAAGCAGCAUCAGCUGAAAUCAUCAAAGAGAUGAGGAGUUGCGAGUUUGCUGGAGAUGCUUCAACCAUUGGCUUGGUGACUAAUAUGCUGGAUGAUGGGAGAUUGGACAAAAGCUUUCUGGACAUGCUUUCUUAAAACAGUUUAUCCUCGAGAGAAGAGGAGCGGUAGUGCAACAGUCUUCCCUUCAAAGCACAGUGUUAGGUAAAACAAGAUCAUCAGAAGAAGCUAUUCUCUUCAAGAAGAUCUCAGACUUGGUUUGGUGUAUUUAUUGUUUUGGUUUAGAUUUUGAUUUUAGCUAAAUGUAGGUGACAAAUUCUUAGUUUGAACUCUGAAAGAUUGUUUAGACAAAUGUUUAGUUUCGUUGGGUUCAAAUAAAGAACUUGGUUUGGUUUCUCA